UGCGCAAACAUCGCUAUAAAAAUCGAAAGGUUUAGCUUAGGAGGUUUUGAGAGGUCGCCAUUUGUAAAUUUAAAAUUCAUGGCAUCUUUACUACGAGUGAGGUUUGGAACUUCUAAUGUUAUUGGCAGAAGAACUGCUAGUGCGGUUGCCCAUGCAAUUGCCCCAGAUACUAGAUACUGUCCUGCUAAUCCAGCUUCACUCGAAAGAACUGGUGUAGUUAGUGAAGCUCUUUUAGCCAAAGAAAAAGGUCCUUGGAAUAAGCUGAGUAAAGAAGAUAAAAUUGCAUUGUAUAGGGCCCAGUUUCCUAAAACAAUGAAAGAAGCUGAAAAUGUUAAGGGCGAUACUGGAAAAGUUGUUUUUGGAGUUUCGAUUGGGGUGGCAGUUGCACUCUGUUUUUAUAGCAUUUUAAAUAAGUUUGUUGCACCUGAACGUCCUCGAACUUUCACUAAAGAAUGGCAAGAAGCUUCGAUAGAAAAAAUGAAACUUUAUAAUAUGAAUCCAAUUUUUGGCGUUUCUAGUAAAAAAUAAUACAAGUUAUCAUUAAUUUGUUCAUUAAAAAAAUAAGUAGUUUGUUUAAAAAAAAUAUUCGUUUUCAUUAAUUGUAAUAAAAAAAGUUUAAUUAUUUCAAAACUACUGUUUUUUUUUUAUCUGGAUAGAAAAUUCAAUCUUCAUUUCUUAAAUAAGAAAUUUUAGUGUUGUAAUAUUAUCACAGGGUGUCGUCAGAUCAAGGAAUAGUUAUCGAAUUCAGAUAAUUAAAAAAAAAAACUAGAGAGCAAUACAAUCAUUAAAACAAGGUUGAAUUUUUAAAAACCAAGGAAUAUGUUACUAUCUAUGUUACUCAUUUGAUAGGUUUUUAUGUGUUAUCUUUUUAAUUAUAGUCAUGACAAUAAAGAACAAUAUGAAAAGCA